UCCACCCCUUCCAUGCAUAACUUGGGCUGGCCAGAGUGCUUAUAAGCCUGUGAUAGUCUUGUAGACCCGCCUACCUUACCUGCAUUCAGGUGCAUUAUGAGGGCUGCUGUUGCAAUAUGGCUGCUUGGAGCUGCAGGUGUGCUUGGGUAUCCAUUGCCAAACCUGGAUCCAUCUGCCAGUUCUGGAGGAACAGCCAAUAGCAAUCCUGGCAUACUGGACAUCAAUAGCCCUCUAAUUGAGGGUCGUGCUUCCAGAAACAGCUUCCUGAUGGAAGGAGACAUUAUAAAAGAAAAGAAAUCUAUCAGGACAUUCUCUCCUCGAGUUGGAAAGUGGCCCAAAAUAAAUGGAUCUGUGAUUAUCCCCUAUACUCUGUCACCUUCCUAUGAAAAUAUUGACCGGAAUAUCAUUCUAAAAGCAUUUUGGGACUUGCAAGCUUCUACUUGUCUUCGAUUUGUGGAGCGCACUACAGAAAAGGAUUAUAUCUCCAUAGAGCCAUCUUUUGGGUGUUUCUCGAGUGUAGGCCGAGUUGGGGGGAUGCAGCUGGUCUCCCUGGCCUUUGAGUGCCUGAGGACAAAUAAAGGAAAGGGAAUUGCUUUGCACGAAUUAAUGCACGUUGCUGGGUUUUGGCAUGAGCAUUCCAGAGCAGAUCGAGAUGAUUACAUCUGGAUAAUGUGGGAUGAGAUUGUAAUUGGUUAUGAGAAAAACUUCUGUAAAUAUGAUACUACCAACAUGUUAGUGAAAUAUGAGCUUCAGUCCAUCCUCCAUUACCCCAGAAAUGCAUUUGGCAAGUCUGGCCAGACAACCAUCAAUCCGAAGUAUCCCUAUUCUAAAACUGAAAUAGGCCAGAGAGAAAAACUCAGUGCUUCUGACAUUCUAAGGGUCAAUAAAUUGUACUCCUGCUCCCAGUACACACCGUCAACUGAUGAUGAUGAGUUAAUGUAUUUUGCACCAAUUUUUUAUCCUUGCACUAAAGAAAAAUUCAAUGAGCCUACAUCCACUGAUGCAAAUAAUGAACAAAAGACUGGAUCUUCUGAACAGUCUUUGCUAAAAGAGACCUCAGGACAAAUAUUCACUACCAAACUAAAGGAGAUCCCAGGGCAGAUAUUCACUACCGAACAAACACCAAGAACGAAGCCUAUUUUGAGUCAAAUACCAGUCCCUACCACAAGCUUUGAGACAAGUGCAGCCAAUGAAGGAACUGUAAUAGCAAGGCAUGGAUAUACAACACUUUUAAGUAGUGUUAAUCACGGCACCAGUUUAUUGGGAGAAAAAGUUACAUUUUCCAAAGAUGUCACUCUUCUAAAUAUGACUGGGAAGCUUCAAACUGGUACAUCUACAGACUCUAAUCGAAGUCCAACCAAUUCCUCUCAGUCAUUAAAGAAGCAACUGCAGGAAACUCAACAGAAACCAACAAUGAGCUCAGAGAAGGGUUUAUUUACAUCGGUCCUUACAGCAAUGCCAACACAUGUAAUUAAUUUGAGUUCCCCCAAUGCCUUUUCCUCCCAAGUAAACUUGUCUGCACAACCUAUCUCCACUGAGAAUGGAAGAUCCGGAUUACUCAACCAAGUGACUUUUGUUAAUGUCAUCGGAGAUCAUCAGUAUAACCGCGUGAAUUCCGAAACAGCCUUGACGCCACUGACCACAGCUGAGAGUGGAGCUGGAUUAAAUGUGACUUUUGAAACAAAGAUAACAUUUGCUUCUACUGAAACCAUAAAUUCCAAGGAGGUCCCAACAUCGGCAUCAACACCAGAACUUACUCACAAUGCUUUGUUUACCCACAUAUCUAAACUUGGAAACAGUGCUGAUGCUGGUGAAGCCUCAUUAUCCGAGAAAGUGACUUUAUUAGGUGCACGCGGUGAUCUUCAGCCUGUCACUACUGAGUCUAUUAAAAUACAUUUUAAGAGCAAUUUUUCUCAAUUGGAUACCACGCAAAAAACUCUAAGUUCACUUUCAACAUUGCCCUCUUUAACACUGAACACUGUGGAACUGACUCACAAUGAUUUGUUUCUAACCACAAUCUCUCCACCGCAACACCUAACAGAGGAUAAAAACAGCAUCUUGCCUGAGCAAGUGACUCUCUUUCAUGUCAAUAAAAGUGUUCAACAUGGCACACCUACAAAGUCCAACCAAAUUCUUCCUGAAAAAUGUUCUACCAAGCCAACACUCUAUCCUCCUGAUCAGUUGGACUACUCAACAAACUCGAUUAAAUCAGAUGGAAAGAGCCUCAUAAGUGGUUUGGACACGACAACACUAUCUAAAAAUCUAGUUUUGGAAACUCAGCCAACUGUGAAAUCCAUGAUUUCUACUUCUGCAGAAAAGGAAAUCUCCAGCGUGGAAGGGACCGGCAGUCCUUCAUUAUCUAUGACACUUAUGUAUAACAAAAUGAAUGGAAAUAUUUCUGUUUCCACUUACAGCAGUCCAAAUGGAAUAAGCACCAGUACUCUGUCUCAAAACACUGUGAGAGGAGAACAAAACCGUUCCAUGCUAACUGCAUUAGCUGAUUUAUCAGGCCAUCGGUUUCCUGGACUGUUUCAAGAUGUAGCUUAUGAGUGGCAUAAUAAAGCAGAUGAUCAUCACGGCCCAGAAUAUCAUGAUAAAAUUGGCAAGAGAUCUUUAAAUGAGCCUUUACCUGUUAUAAAAUCCAUUAGCCCAGUGGUGUCUCAUAUAAAAAGAGAGACUGAAAUCCAAAACUCCCAUAUACGGCACAGUAAAUUCAACGCAAGGAGACACAGAACUAAACUGCAGCAUGUGCACAUUGUCAAACAUCCAAAGGCCACAUUCUUAAAUAGUGCAGAGGGGUCCAGUCUCUCCAGGAUAUCAAGAGAUCCUCAGAUGGAUUUUGGGGAGAAGGCAGUAAAUUCAGAUCUUGCUUCAGUAGAACACACACAAUUCAGAAAGUUUUCACCAAGAUUGUCUCCACUCCAUAACAGACUUUGGAUUUUGAGCACAAAAUUAAGCCAUCGACAACAGGCCUGCAGAUCUGACCAUGGAUUUUGUGAAUGGAAGCAGAGAAAGGACGAUAGACUUAUCUGGAAUCUUAUUUGGGGGAGAAAAGAUCAUUUCCAUGGAGGCCGGACUACUAAGGACAAACAUAAAGGGUUACUCUUAUCAGUUCACAAUUUCUCCCUGGAACCCAUCCCAGAGCAGAAAGCUUUGCUUGUGAGCCCCGUGUUACACCUUCCCAAGUGCCUGUCAUUCUGGUACAGGUUCUUGCCAAACAGUAUUGGAGGAACGCUGAAUGUUUAUAGCAGGCCAACUAACAUGAUAGGAACAUGGACUCUCUUGUGGACAAAUCAAGGACAGGAAAAUCUGGGAUGGAGUAAGGCACAAAUACAAUUUAAAAAGCAACAUCGGCAUAAGAACUUGCAGAUAAUCAUGGAAGGAGUUGCAGGACCAUCUGCUGAAAGCAAUAUACGUAUUGAGAAUCUGUACGUUGGUCGGUGCAGAUGAUGAUAAUAUACAUCAGAUUUACUGCUCCAAUAAACGUUUUAAUUUAAA